AUGCCUUCUUCUAAACGUUGUUUAUUUGGAUGUGUGACUACAGGUGUACCUAUUCACAGUUUUCCUAAUCCUAACAAGAAACCAGAAUUAUUUAAGAAAUGGGUUGAUUUGGCGGUUGAAUAUGGGGUUGAAUCUGUCAGAGGCAUGACACAUGAAAAGAUCUACAAGUCGAAGAAAGUUUGUGAUAAACACUUUAGUGAAUACGUAAAAAACCGAUACAACCGUCUCAAUAACUUGGCAAUACCUACACUGCACUUAUCAAAGUCUCCAGUAGUUUUAGGAAUGCAUGUUGAUAGCCUCUCAUCUACAUCCCAAUUGCCUGAACAAGAUGCAAAAGAAACACCUAUUGAUUUGGAUGACCAUAGUGAUAACUCUCAAUAUAAAUUAUCUACGACAAUCGAAAUCCCUUUUGCAGAAACACAUUUUGAUUUGGAUGACCAUAGUUAUAACUCUCCAUAUAAAUUAUCUUCUACAGUCCAACUACCUGAUGCAGAAUCUGUUAUCAUUGUGGGAGGGCAUAUUGAUAGCCUCUUAACUUUUACAUCCCAAUCGCCUGCACCGCCUGCAAUAGAAACACCUAUUGAUUUGGAUGACUAUAACGAUAACAUUCAAUAUGAUGACUUACCAUCAACAGUUCAACCUGUUGCAGCUCCAAAGAAGAAACUAAACCAAAAAAUAAAACAGCUAAGGAGUGAAAUAAUUCUUUACAUUGCCCACACGAAAAACUUUAAAAAGUCUUCGGGAGAAGACUUAGCCCUCUCCAGCAAAACCUGCAAAAGGGAUAUAAAAAAAUUGCGUGACAGUCAAGCG